AAAAUGAGACCAAGAAUAAGCUUAUAGCGCCAUCUAUGAACGAGUCACAAGACGAGAGAAAAGUUACAUGAAAGAGGAUGCAUGAUGUUUCCUACCAGUUCUCAGAGAAAGCAUUGGACUUUCUGUGGCGAAACAGAAUUGAAUAGACUUAGGACGGAGACGAAUAGGAAAUAUCUAGAAAAACACGCCAAAAAGUUCAAGAAUAAAGACGAUGGCACAAGUUUUUUAGACUUAAAGGAAGAAAGGAUUUUACUUCGUCACUAUGAAUAUGCUCUCAAAGAAUUCUGUGCACGCUUCCAAGAUUCUGGACCACAUGAAAAUAAAGUUAUUGGGUUGCCAAGAGAAGUUGUGGGAACAGCUAUUAACUAUAUGAAAAGGUUUUUUCUCAAUAAGUCAGUAAUGGAUUAUCACCCAAAGGAUAUAAUGCUUACCUGUGUAUAUUUGUCAACCAAAGUAGAAGAAAACCAUGUUUCUCUCAGAACCUUUGUAUCUAACAUAAAAGGAGACCCUGAUAAAAAUGCUGACAUUGUCCUCUGUUUUGAACUUUUACUAAUGAAGGAGCUGCAUUACCACAUGACAAUACACAAUCCAUUCAGAGCAUUGGAAGGCUUGAUUAUUGAUGUGAAGACAAGAUGCAAAGCUGUUCAAGCCAUGCCCACAAAAGAUGUUGAAAAAUUAAGGAAGGGGGCAUUUGACUUUAUUGACCGCUCCUUAAGUACAGAUGCCUGUCUAAUAUUUGCUCCAUCACAGAUUGCUUUGGCUGCUUUACUUGCAAGCGCAAGUGAACAAAAAAUUAAUUUAGACAGCUAUGUAACAGAAACCCUUUUAAUGUCUGAAAGCCAAGAACAUGUGCACAAAGUGAUAGAGCAAGUUAAAAGAAUCCGUUAUAUGGUGAAACAUAUCGAACCCAUAAGUAAAGAAGAUGUGAGGAACAUACAUAAAAAAUUGAUGAAGUGUAGAAACCAGGAAAAUAAUCCAGAAAGUGAAGUCUAUAAAAGAAAGAUGGAUGAGCUGUUAGAGGAAGAGGAGGAAUACCAGUCUCAAAAAAGGGCUAAAAUUGCAGAGGAAGAAAAACUUGCUGAGAAAAACCUUGUUGGUUUAUGACACAGACAGAAAUUGUGGGAAUUAUUGUUGAAUCAUACUGAAGCCAUUAGUGAAAUAGGUUCAAAAAACAUGAUUGAACAACGGAGGCAGACUUGUAGGAGACAAAGCGAUAGAUGAUACUGAGCUGUGUCUGUGCUUUU